GUCGUCGCCGCCGUCGUCGCGGAGUGAGAGCAGUCGUGGUGGGAGCGGAGCGGACAGCGCGGGCUUUUGGAGCGGCGUGAUGCCGUGAGCUGGUGAGACCGCGGCGAAGUUGUUUCUUUUUUUUUUUGCCAUCGACUCUGCGGAGCGUGGGGACAUCCGCCAUGGAAGAGGAGACGGGCUUCAUCAACAGCCAGCCGUCCAUGGCGGAGUUCAUGACAGCGCUGCCGCACGUCAACGAGAGCUUCCACAACGGGGGGCGGUGUGCCACCGCCUGCCAUGUGCCAGAGCCCUCUGGGCGGCUCGCCCGGCGGCGCCAAGAUGCCGCUCGGCGUGCCGGAGUACCCCUGGAUGAAGGAGAAGAAGACCACGCGCAAACAGCACCAAGGGUUUGCGUCUGCGAAGUCGAGGAAUAACGAUCUCAUGCAGAAGACAGGGGUUCCUAGAAAUGAAAACGGAGAAAACGGAAUGCCGCGACGUCUGCGAACCGCCUACACCAACACGCAACUUCUGGAGUUGGAAAAGGAGUUCCACUUCAACAAGUACCUGUGUCGGCCUCGGCGGAUCGAGAUCGCCGCAUCGCUCGACCUCACCGAGCGUCAAGUCAAGGUGUGGUUCCAGAACCGGAGGAUGAAGCACAAGCGGCAGACGAUGAUGAGCAAGCAGGACGACAAGGGCAACGGCUGCGACGGCACCUCCGAGGGCGAGGCGCCCGAAGGCGAUCAGCGGCUGCCGCAGGUGGCUCCGGUCGCCAGCCCGUCGCAGGGCGUCGAGGAGACUGGCCGAGACGCCGGCUGCUGCCCGCCGGUGGCGAGGGCGGCCACGUCUUCGCCGUCGGGAUCCGAGCCGGACUCAGACUCCAAGGGUCACCUGCACCCGGCGCUGGGACUGGCGUCGCCGGCCCGCUCGGACAAGACCCCGACGCCCGGCAAGGAGAGCGGCUUCGGCGGCGAGCGGCCCAGCCCGCUGGGUCGUGCCGCCAGCCCCGCCGCCCGCGCCGCCGCCGCCGCAGCCGCAGCCAAGGCGGCUGCUGCCGCUGCCCUGUGUGCCCUGGACGCGGCCAGCCCUUCGGCCGCCACUUAUCCUUGUCCAAGCGCGCGUGUGGCUUCUUCUCCGAAGUGCCAGUUGUCGGCGCAGCUGUACGGGAACCACUAUGGUCAGCAACAGGAACGCGCCGCGCCGGCUGCCAUUGCCGCCGCGCAGCAACCCUACAGCAGCGCCUCGGCGCCCCAGCACCGCGUCGGCAGCCAGCCCGGCGCGUAUUGCGCGGCCGCAUACCGCUCGCCACCAGCCGCCAGCCCCGCCGUCGGACCACAGCCGGGGGCCAGCAAUGGCUACGUGGCCGUGCUGCCCCACGGCUACAAGGCGGCGGGACCCAUGUACUACCACCACCAGGGUGGUGCAUCGGUGCAAGCAUGUGGCUACGCACCCACAGCCGCCGCCACCGCAGCUGCCACGCACGCCAACAUGAUCGGCGCCUCCAUGGACGCCCACCAGCAGAUGCACCAUGCACCGAGCCAGCAGCCAUCGCCGCAGCAACACCAGCCGCAUCAUCCGCACCAGCAACAGCAGCAGCAGCACCAACAACACCACCAGCCAUGUCAGACUCAGCACCAGGCGGCCCAAACGCAGCCCAACGUUCAGCAGCCAACACAUCAGCAGUCCCAGGAGCAAAGGCCGUACAUGUACGGAAUGGAAGGCAUGAAUCAAGCGACAGCGUCAACCCAGGGUUACGUGGGCGAGUACAGGGGCGCUGGCCAGGAGUACGGGCGCGUCGGCUAUGGUGCCGCGCCGUACAACAGCGAGGCCGAGAGCAUCGAGGAAGGGCAGUACAACGGGCCCAGCGAUGGCAGCGGCUACCCCUACGGCUACCGCACGUCAGAGUGCUACCCGACCGAUGAGGCGAGUAACAUGGUGGCUUCGCCGAGCGGUGACACCGGCAUGUACUACGACAUCACCUGCAACGGCAGUUCCUUGAACCCCGCCACUAGCCGAACACCAGAGUACGCGCCUCCCACGGGCAAGCAGCAACAGCAACAACCGCAACAGCCGUACCAGCAGGCACCUGGAAACUACUACGAGAUGCAAAACGGCACUGCAUCGAACGCGGCGACCAGCUACAACCCGUCGCCCGAACACUACAACGGCCAGAGCUCGUCGGACACCGACCUCAACUUCAACAGUUUCUACUACGGUGAUUCCAAUGGCUACUCGGGACCGGGAUCGUGCGGCUCCAACGAGUUCAGUUUCCUGACGAACAUUGCCAACGAGUACGCAGCGCCUGAGUACUAUCAGCUGAGCUGACUGCAAGACGAUGAGUGAAGCGAAACAUUGAUAGCGUGAGCUUGCGCGCUCCGUUUCUCUGAAUGUAUAAAUAACAACCAGGGUUGUUGGGGGGAACGAUCUUGCGACCAUAAUGGCACAACGACCAGUGCAUGCGAAAAGGUGCGUGACUCCGACAUGGCGAACUCCUGUCUUUGAUGAUGCCGGAGCCAGACAAGAUUGCGCGUUGCGGGUCGCCGGCUACACAUACACUUGACUUUGCUACCAGAGAGAAAAGAAAAAAAAAGUUCAUCUUGUCUGAGAAGCAAUUUCUUGAGCUGUGACGAAUAGUAUGCGAGAAGUAUGGUAAUAAGCACAUUGGUCCAGCACACGUUGUAUCUAGACCAGUAUAUAUACGUUUGUGCCGGGAGUGACUAUGUCCGGCUUCACAAAAGGAUACGUGUUCCCAGCGAUCGUGAAAUGACGCGGUUAAGCACGCUUGCCUAUAAGCAGGAGAGAGAGGUCCAUUCAGCAACCCCAACCUUCCGGCAUUUUCGUUUCGCCCUGCAACGAGUGCAAUAAUGCGGCUGGUCGUAAACAUUGCCAUGCGAACAGAAAACUCACGCACAAAAGAGCCAUGUUGACACGUAAGAAAAAGAAGUCUGCUGUGAUUUUUUUAAAUGUCUUUGUUUGUAAAGGUGUACAUAUAACAUGAAGAGGCGCUGUGCAAUCUUCUCGACAACGCGAAGCUUAUAUUCACGCACAGGCUGGCUCUCGGCAAUGUGUUACCUAUACAGUGAAUCCCUAACUCACUCCAGCACUUCCUUUUUUCCAAGCUUUCAGAGUGAUGAAGCUUUCCCUUGAGCUUUAGUGUAGAGAGGAACCAAAAGCACGUACUCGAAAGUACGUGGUCGCCGAUAAAAGAGGAAAAAAAAUAUUGUAAACGACAAUUUUUUAUCAAUCGCUCGGUAUUAUUGUUCCUGCUCACUUUAGUUUUCUUUUUUCUUUUGCCUGCCACCCCGCUCUUUCUGCGUCUCCAGUAUCGCGAUUCAUUCUUAUGUAUAGCGUGUACUGUAUAAAGCAUUGUUGUCUAUCGUGUCUACACUAUGUGUUGAAGAAAGUUAGGUUGUACAUAUUGUUACGAAAAGUGGCACCGCCGUCGUAAAAAAAAAAAACUCUGUGUUUUCCAGUCUUUCUGACAACAGGUGUUGUUUCCACCGCAGGAUGCGGCACAAUAAUACGAAGACGAAACGACUCACUGUAUGCUAACUAAACAUGUUUGUGUACCGUUUAAGGCUGCACGAGAGAACAAAAAAUAAGUCGUAAGCAAUCGUACCGAACAACUGAUUUCUUCUCGUCGUGUUCGACUCUCACAAUACUUGCUUGGACAUAACGCUGUAUACGCUUCGAGUGAACGUUCCUGCUCCCGAUGUUCCAAGACACGAAUAAAUGCUGUCUCCCCGAUGAAUCUGGUGCAUUUGAAAGUGUGUAUGAGAUGCGGAUGUUCACUGGAUCACAAUUAAAACCUCCUCGUAUGACGAA